AUGAGGGUUCUCAAAUUGGCAACGAGCCUUUUCGCAGCCAUCAGAUCAGUAUGGACCCGAGGAAGCCCUUUUGCCGCACUCACAGCUCUGUGGCCGAUGAACGAUGAAGGGAAAUACGUUAUUCAAUCUGAGGGUAUUCGGUUAGCAUUCACCAAUCAUGGUGCUGCCCUGACCAACCUAUGGAUUAACGACACACACGGGGAAGAACUUGACAUCGUGUUGGGUCUUGACGACGCCCGCAGCUACCCUCAGAUGUCAUCAAAUCCAUAUUUAAACGGUGUUAUUGGUCGAUAUGCUGGCUAUAUGAGUGGUGCAAGCUAUGAGGUUGACGGAGUUUCCUUUCAAGUCCUGGCAAAUGCGCACAAUCAGACGUCGUUGUUCAACGGAGGACAUGAAGGGUGGGGACGUCAAACAUGGGACAUCGCAACGCAUAUAGAGAACAGCAUCACAUUCGUUCUGUUCGACCAUAAGUGGAACGGCUUCCCGGGCAUCUUUGCCUCUUGUCUCACACACACCGUCACACCGCACCAGUGGCGCGUGGCAUUCGGUGUUACACCGUUGCUGAAACCGGGGCCUAUCAAUCUGAGCCAGCAGGCCUUCUUCAACCUUGAUGGUUUCAAGUCAAACUCGAGCCAUACGAUACUCCACCACGAAAUCCAUCUUCCCACAGCUGGUUUUCGGUUUGAGCUAGACGAGUUGGGCAUACCCACAGGAGACUUGAAGAGCAACAGAAAGGGAGGCAAGCAUGAUUUCUGGUCGACUAAGAGACGUGUUGGUGAAGGCCUCAGGCAGGAGAGGGCGAAAGAAUCUUCAGCCGGCUGUGAGACGCAUAAUGACACUGACUGCACAUUCGAUACCAUAUACAUGCUCUCCCAUCGACCACUUGCGAACAAGGAGGAUGCGCCUGCUGCAAUACUCUCUUCGGCCACGUCAGGGAUCACCAUGAAACUUUACACCGACCACGACGCUGUGCACGUCCAUAGUUGGAACAAUACACAAAAUGAAAUCAGACUGAAAAGGAAACAAGGUGGUGGCCCAGUGCCUAUGCAUGGCGCAGUAUCCUUGGAGAUGCAGGACUGGCCAGACGGAGUCCAUCAUCCGGAAUGGCUGAACAGAAAGACAAUUUGGGGCAUGGACGGGUUGUAUACGAGCUUUGCAACAUAUAAAUUUUCAGUCAAGAAGUAG